UGGACAGAUCCAGAAGGAAAGUGACCCUUCCGCCUCAUUUUAGGACUGAUUUAUCAUGAUCGGCUCUGCUAAACAAAUAAUUUUAACAUGUUUUUCCACUUUUCCAGAUGUGGGAAAUAAACUUGCAGCUGAGGAGACUGCUACAGAUGAGCACAGUCAGAUCAAUCGUCUUCAUCUGGAAGGUUCACGGUGCCACAACCAAGGUGCCAAGGGAGGCCUGCCACCAACACACCUGCUCAGGGGUUCUUGUCCUGUUGGUUGGUGGAAGUUCAACAAUCGCUGCUUCAGCUUCAUUGCAAACCCCAUGACUUGGGCGAGAGCUCAGAGAAACUGUGGGUUUAUGCAGGCAACUCUAGCAUCUGUCCAUGACGAUCAAGAGUAUAAUCACAUUCAGAGGGUGAUUGCAGCUUCAGCUCCUGACUCACCUCUCACAUGGAUUGGAGGCUCUGAUGCACAGGAGGAAAGGAUUUGGCUGUGGAGUGAUGGACGGCCCUUCCACUACUCAAACUGGUGUCCUGGAGAGCCGGAUAAUCUUAGAGGCCAGCACUGUAUACAAAUUAACUUUGGAGCAUCAAAGUGCUGGGAUGAUCUGCAGUGCAAGAAGCUUCUUCCUUCUAUCUGUGCCAAAAAUGUCUGAGGCCUCACUCAGAGAUGUGAUGUCAGAAAUGCAGCAAGCAGGAGUGGAUGUUUGGUCAAAAAAAUAUAACCAAAAAAUACUCAGAGUUUAUCAUAGACAUUUGUUAAACUAAACAGUAUUAUUUUAAUAAUUAUUAUAUUAGAAUUAUUAUUAUAUCACAUAGCUUUCACCUAAAAGGCAUAUGGGUUUCUCCCAUGCUUUGUUUUUUACUCAAUAUUAUCCAAGACAAUUUCCUUUGCUCUGCUUCAAAGUUUUACCGCUUAACCUGCAGCCUCUAUAAUAUUAAAAUACUAACUUAACAUGUGCAUAUCUUACCCCUCUUUGAUCAACAUAGGCUAAUUGAAAAAAAGAGUAUUUUGUUUUAUUCCAAGAAAAUACAAUUUUUAAUAAAGAUAUAAAAUAGAACAAACAUUGUGGUCUUUUGUAAACCUGUAACAACACUGAUGCAGUGAAGUAUUGGUCUCACUCUGGCUCAGUGGAUGGAGUAAUCUUGCAAUUUCAGCUUCCUGAUGUGCCCCUGGGCAAGGCACAUAACUUCAAGUUGCCUAUAUAUCAGCAUAUAUAUGUAUAAAUAUCUGCUACUUAAUGUCAAAUAAAAAUACAACAGUGCAAAUUUCUGUUUUGUGAACUGUUGUUUAAGUUGUUGCUAUUGAUGAUCAAGCAUGUUAGCCUGUUAUUAUUUUAUUAUACUUUUUUUGCAAUGCACAAUAUAUGGGGGUUCAAACUGAUUGAGAAGUUGUAGACAUCUAUUUUACAUAAAUAAAACUUAAUUAAUUUUGUAUUUUAUCAUUCCUGUCAAAACAUA